GGAGACAACUCCACUUGAGGUCUGGCAAGCCCUUCUCUGGGCACAGGUAAAAGGAGAAUCAUCUUCGUAUUAGCCUCCGUACAAUACUCUUUGAAGAAAGAAACAGAGCCGAUGUACUCGCCUUACGAUGCUGCGUACGGUCACGACACGACGUACAUCCAGCGGAUGACAGUUGAGGAGUAUGUGAAGGAGCUGCAGGAGGAAGAGGCGGAUAUUCGAGGUCAGAGUCCGUCGCCGCACACGAGCACCCCCGCACUGUCGCAGGAAAACAAGGACGUUUCGGGCAAGGCUUCGCCCAGCUCAGUACCGCACCCGCAGCAAAAGCGCGGCACACGUCCGUACGAGCAGCGCCGCGCCGCCCUGUCCUCACGCAACCCGAAUGUAGUCUUUUCUUCCAAGUACCCCAUGUACGACCGCCUCGGUCGCGAGCUUUGCGUGGCCUACCAGUUUCAGGAUAUGGCGGUGCAGCAGGAACUGCGUCGGUUAGAGUUGGAGCACGGGCACGGCGAGUACGACACCCGUCGCUCCGGCGUGCGGCUGAGCGCGGAGCUGCCGAUGGGCUCUGAUGACACCACCGCGCGGCCGGGGUCGUUGACGGAGACGCAGCCGCCAUCCCUCACCGAGGGCCGCGAGACCGCCUUCUCGGACGAGGCGUCACGACUGGUCCGGCCGAGUCACAUAGACGGCGACAGCCUCGCCGACAUUGAGGUGUCCGCCACGUCGCACUACCUGUCCGUCUCGGCCAGCCACACAUCCUCGCAGCCGGCGUCGGUGCGGCCGUCGGAGUUCUCGAUUUUCCGUGAGAGCGGUGGCGUCGUGGCGGUCGGGCGCGGAGUCGUGGGGAAAGCGCGCAGCAGCGUCCCUGUUCGUGCGGUUGCAGAAGAGGACAAAAUCCUUCUUCACCGCGAGACGGGCGGCGGCCCACUCCGAGCGAUCUCGUCACCGUCCACAUUUGUCCACCGUGACGGCGACACAGGCGAAGGCCGGCGGUCGGAGUGGCGGCGUCGAUCGGAGAAGCGACGCCGCAGCCGCAGCAGCGGUGGCCGCCUUAGUCGUGUCCGUUUUGUCAGCGAAGAGCGCGAGGAGAGUGCAGCCGAGACAGCAGCAGCACGCGCCAACGCGAAGCCUAUGUCGGAGCAACAGCAGACGACACGCGUACCAGGAGCUGCAGCUCCCCUCCCCCGACGCCUGCCCACGCCACCACCGGUGCCUCUCUCCGACCCCGACCAGACGCGGUCGGAGGACGCCGCCCCGGAGGAGGCGACGCGCUGGACGACGCUGUCACGCGGCUCGGCCGCCGUGCGCGCCACGAAGCAGCUCUUUCGCAGCACAACGCACUCGGCCAACGCGUCUCGCAUGACGACCACCCUCACGUACCCCGAGCCCAUCCCGAGCAACGUUUACGGCCUCACCGCCCCUGCGAUACCAGCCGGUAAGGUGCGCGACGCGGUGGAGCGAAAUGUGGCGGCGUGUGCGGCUGCUCUGCCGCAGCAGUACACGCACGGUGUCGGCGCAGAAAUCGGCGACGACGGUCACCGCCGCGACACGCCGGAGUUGCAGUGCGGGUCGGUAGUGCAGCUGGGGAAGGAGUGGUACCGGCUGGUGCACUUUCACGUCGUGGCGGAGGUGUACGAGGCGGUGCGGGUGGACGCUCCAGUUGCGCCUGCAACCCCUUCUGUAUCCGGCCAGAACGGAGACGCUGCGCACGGCGAUGACGGUCACGAACAGACAAGAGAAACCGAUACAGGCGUCGGUGGUAAGGAUGUCGAGGCUGAAACGAACGCUACCUCAUUCACGGAAAGAAAAGAGGGCGAGGAGCAGGGAAAAGCUUCGACUCCAUCGCUAGCUCCUCUUACGUCACGUGAAGAGCAGGCGCCAACGCUCUUUGCGACAGAAACGGAGCCUUCUUCAGCUUCAGUCCAGAAAGACCUUUCAGCAUCGCAGCAGGAACAAGAACAGGAACUGGAGCUGCAGCAGCGGCAGUUUUUUGUAUACCGGUGGCGUGCAGGGAGUCUUUCGCGUGGCGUCGACGAGGCCCGCCGUGCCGCCUUGGGCCUGUCCCUCUGUGCCCCCAACGUCCACGUCACUGGCUUCGACUACGCGGACGGCGGUGGCAUCACACUCGUCACACUGCCGGCCGGCUAUCAUGCCGUGCCCCUCAGCGCGCUUCCGCUCUCGCUGCGCAGCUACACCACGCUGUUGCGCACCGUGCUGAAGGCGCUGUCAGCGAUGGUGGCCCGCCGCACCGUCCACGGCAACGUCGCCGCGCUGGGGGAUCUGUUCCUGGUGUUGCCAGUCGUGGACAAUCUGCUGCGCACGCCAGAGGCCAGCACCGUGUCACCGCGGCACGACAGCAGUGGGGAUCGCAUAGAGGCCAAGUUGCGAGAGCCUUUUAUCGUCAUGUUCCACUGGGAGCACUGGGUGGACUUCGGCAUGUACGUCGACCGCAAUGCAGGGCGAGCGAUACCGUUUGACUUUGAAGACAGCGCAUCCCAGGCCCUUGUUUUCUACAGUAAAGAUUUGAUGACUGGCCUGCAGCUGUUCCUCGAGCACACUCUGGCGGCGAAGCUUACGUCGGAGCAGUACAUCCUUUUGCAGAAACUGAUCGUGUUGGCCGCUGAGCCGACGCCAGUGGCGAGCCAUUUGAUCCAGUUAAAGAACUUGAUGCUGACGCUGCCGACCGACACCGCUUCUCUGCAGAGGAGCUUUGAAGCUGCUUUGGUGCACUACACUGUAGAAUAA